AUGCCGCCUCCAACGACUCGCGCUCGUGCACCAUCAUCUGAUAUCGGGGCCCAUCCCCAGUUUUCUAAAAUAACACCUAGUGCUCCUGCGGCACCACAGGUUGCCGCAGCAGUAUCGGCGUCGUUGGCCCACGUGGUCGACGAUGGCCCCGUCACAGGGCGGGACGUUAAGGAAUUGCGCGACGUUACGGCGCAAGCGAUCACCGAUGUGUGGACUGACAGCCGCCAGGCAACGGCAAACUUGGCUGGGAAAAUCAACGCUACAAACGCAUCGCUCCUGGCAGACCUCAACGAGUCUUUUUCGGCAAUGGGUCAUCGGAUCGACGGGCUUCCAUCCGCAGUAAAUAUCACGACCCCGAUCCCGAUCCCCUCGCUUCCGUCCUUUAGUGGCUUAGAUGAGGACCCAACUCAGUUUUCAGCAUGGCUGGCUCGGGUGGAGGAUAUUUUUGACAUGUUAUCGCCGCCUUUAUCUUCUGCGAUGAAAGCCAAGCUAGUAAAGGGGCACCUUCAAGGGCUAGCUAGGGAAAAAUUGAACCAGUUAACAUCUGAGCAGCGCGACGAUUACGAUACGCUAGUUGCCGAGUUGAGAAAGAGCUUUGAGGGGCCACAUCGUCGUCGUUUAGCCCGCCAGGCCCUCGCGGGAUGCCGUCAACAACCCGGAGAGUCCUGCUUCUCGUUCGCUAAUCGCAUUCUCCACCUGGUACGAGCUAUUACCGCGGGUCAGGACCCGGUCCUCCAAGAGGAACGCCUCUUGGAAGAGUUUGUUAGUCGCUUGCGCACUGACAUCAAAUUUCAUGUUCGUAACAGCAAUCCAACUUCCUUUCAGCAAGCCUUGGACACUGCCGAUGCGGUCGAGCAGCACCUCGCAGAAACAAUCUCGGACCGCCUGAUCACGCCCUCGGCCGAAGACGCUCCCGUAGCAUGGUCGAUGUUAUUUCGCGGUUUAAUACCGAUCGUACUGUCUGUUAUUCUUGUGGAGGCCUCGGACAUAUGGCUCACCAGUGCCCAUCCCAACGUCAGCAGCUCCGAAACACAGAUUCGGGUAGACCUAACUCGUGGUCAUUUGGCAAUGGACGAUCUCUCUCCACAGCAGCAGUUGGAGGCAUUAGUUGCUCACGCACUGGCCAGGGAUGAAAACCCCGAUGCUACCCAACGGCAGCAAGAACAAGCGUCAGACACCAGCUCCUCCGUCAUGCAAAAUGUCUACCUUGACUACCCGGAAGAGGCGCUCCUUGCCUCCGACGUUGAGUCUAUGAACCUCUCACCUGCGUCAUCUCUCACCUUGACCGCGUCUCCGCCUCCGGGACCUUCCACCGACACCCAGAACCUGCUCAUCGUCCCCGUCCCCUCUACAGAGGAAGCCAAGUGGACCACAGUAAGAGACAAGCCGCCAACCAGCACCCCUUCCGGAUCCCCCCACGGAAGCACGCGCCGGCGGCGCGCCUCCUCCCCUUUGUUUGCUGAAGAGAUGCUUCACGAAGAACCCCUCGCCGUGCCUUCCUCAUCGUCUUACCACGACCACCCUUUUGACAUCCCUGCCCAGCCGAUUCAGGAUGACAUCGUCAGUCUUCGUGAGCGCCUUUUCAACACUGACAUGCAGGGCGUAAGUCUACUCAGACCUGGAACUCGGCCCCCUAUCAAGCACGUCCUCACGCCGCAACGCCGUCCUCCCCCUACGUUCACUCCGGAAGGACAUAGCCAUUACCUCAUCGAACACCAUCCCUGGGCGCAUCUGGUCAGCCCGCGCCCUAUCGACGUGCUCCAGUCAAGAGCCAUACAACCGGUCCUCGAUCUCCCGACGGAAGAAUAUCGACAUCUACCCAGCGGAGGAUAUCGCAACACUCGCUUCGCACGGUCACUCUUUCCGCGUAUUGCGAUUCGGGCCCAUUGCCCAGUACUCCAAAUUCCUUUCAUUGAACUUCAGCAUCUUGAAGAUACGAUCGCGUUCCGGGACCGAACCCUUCGCAUGAUCGAAGACCUCCAGGACGGCACCUAUGAUGACUUCCGCGAGAUCGACUCACCAGUACAACCCGAUCGGCUACGCUGUAUGCUUGCUCCAGAGACCUGGCGAGGCCGUCGUCCAGUAUUGCCCAACAAAGAAGAAAGGGAGUGGCUACUUGAUCGCGCUGACAGGUUCGACAACUUUGAGAGUGACCAUUCGGUUGCGCUAAUCAAGAUGUUGAAACUUUUCAAUGUAACAGGAGCCGCGCAUGCAGCACUUCCUUUCCUAUCCGACGACCACCAAACACACUGGGUUGCUGCCGUAGUCCCAAGUCUCACCGUCUAUACCAUUAGGUUGAAUUUUGUGCUCCACAACAUGGCAAACGAAGCCGGAUGGGCUGCUCAACGCCCAGUUGCAGUGUGGAUAGCCGGCUCCGCUUCCCUUGCCUUCGUAAGAGUUAGGUCAGUGACGAUGGAUCCCGAUCAGAGGACAUUAGCAAUCUCAACGGAAGCCUACCAUUACUCGCACCGCAGCAUCCUGGGAGAUGUCGCUAAGCACGCACGUCGCGUAGGCCCAAACUUGGUCGUCGACGUCGGAGUACACCUCAUUAAAUCCCCGCUAGCCUCUAAUCCGGUCUACGAAAGUAUAUCGCGCGCGGAUCUCUCUAUAACCGCACCAGCAGGUACAUUUGGGGAUGGAGUAAUGAAUGCCAUGUACGGCCGCGCACGAAUAGGUUGCUCUCCUCGACAUUCACAGGCACCCGUCUCCACACAGCUCACAAGCACCUCCUUCUCCCUAAAAGGACGUCGGAUCAGCCUCAACGACGACCAGCAGAAGGCCAUAUCUCUCGCGUUCACGGGUUACCCGGUAGUUGGAAUUCAAGCCGCUUUCGGAACGGGCAAAACAGUUAUAGGCGCGCUUCUUGCAGCACACUUAUGCAAAGCAAACAUCUCCGUGAUAGUGACCUCGACGACGAAUGCAGCAGUCGCCCAGUUUGCGGAAACGUUCCUCGCGCUAGACGACUUCAACGAUGUGCCCAUGGUCCGAUAUGUUUCGGAUUCAGCGACCGCAGCUGAAAACGCUUAUACCACCCCUAGCGACUUGAACGUCAUACUCAAAGGACUUGGAGAGAAGUACGAGGCAAAGAUGACAUCGACAGAAAGAAAUCGCUGCCACGAAUUCAAAGAAGGAAGAGAUGUCCUGGAACAGGCCUUGAGGGAUCCAGAGCGCGCGCUUCAGAUGUCGGAGGAGCAGAGCGAAGAAUGCUACAUCUCGGACAAGUAUGUUUCACGCAAUCUCCAAAAAAUGGUCGAUUUGAUGUUUCGACUUCAUGCACCGGCAGUGAUAUUCGCGACCACGUCAUCGCUAAUUAACAUCAUAGGGCCGAAGGGAAUAUUUCGGAAGCACAUGUCCAGGUUUUCUGUCUUGAUUGGCGACGAGGCGUCCCAAAUUCCCGAACCAGUAGUCGUCACGCUGGCCAUGCGUCUACCGACGGUGCGCCACGUCUACAUCGGAGACGCGCACCAACUCCAACCGCAUGUUAGAUGCCCGAGGUCUUCGAACAUGGCGAUCUUCGGGGCGCGGAGUGUAAUGGAGAUACUGAUGAAGGCGCGCGCAGUCCCGAUCGCCCCUCUGCGCACAACGUUUAGAGGUCAUCCGAGUCUACUCGAACUCCCUAACCGCGUCGCAUACUCUGGCGCCCUGGUAUCAGGAGUGCGGGCAGAAGAGCGCCAAAUGCUUCUCACGGCAAUGAAGUUUCCAUCACCAGGCGUCCCAUAUAUGUUUAUCAAUGUUCCGGCUGAUUCUACUCGCUCGACGAGCAAAUCGCACUUUAACACGGCGGAAGCCGAGGCGUGUUGGCACUUGGUUCACUUGCUUUUGGAAAACGGGAUAUCUAAGGAUGACAUAGCCAUAAUCACUUUCUACCGGGCGCAGUUCAAUCGCAUGCAAGAGCAAGCCCAACGUCUUGGAGUCGAACUAGCAACGGUAGAUUCGGUACAGGGGAGAGAGAAAGAAGUCGUCAUCAUCCUUACGACUCGAACGGAUGCAGAACUUGGCACAGCAGAAUUCUUGGAUGACUAUCGCAGAAUGAAUGUGGCCCUCACCAGAUGUAGGCAAGGCCAGUUUGUCUUCGGCCACGCCGAGGCCCUCUCGCGCAUACCGUUUUGGAGCCGAGUGUUGUCAUGGUCAAGGUCUUUGAAUGCCGUGGUCGAUCAUAAUCGCAUUGAUGAAUAUUUCCAUAAUCACAAAGUGCCUAGUGAGUUUUCCAACUUUUCCAGUGCCUUUUAA